UCUGGAACGAACCCCACAAGAACACGCAGAAGCUGUUCUCGACUCUUCGUUUUCCUUCGGUUUCCCAAAAACAAAAUCCCUUCAGCUUUCCGUCUGCUCUCGAAACAGUUUCACCCUGUCUACUGAAUUCGGUUUUCUCCAAUGUCCGGCGUUUCGAUUGCUCGGAUUCGGGGAGAUAAUCGGUUCUACAACCCGCCAGCUGUACGACAACGGCAGCAGCAGCAGCAGCGACAAAAGCUACAGGAAGAGAAGCAUCAGAGGCAGUCGGUGGACUCAGACGACUGUGCGACUUCAUACAGUUCUGGUUCAGGUCGGGAAGUGGUGAGCAAUGCUACGAAUUUGGAUCGGUUUUUGGAGUACACCACACCUGUGGUUGUGGCCCAGUAUUUUCCGAAGACAAGUGUGGAGGGAUGGAGGACUCGUGAGUCAGAAUUACAUCCGUACUUUGUGCUUGGAGAUUUAUGGGAAUCUUUCAAGGAGUGGAGCGCUUACGGUGCGGGUGUUCCUCUUGUGUUGAAUGGGAGUGACUCUGUUAUCCAGUACUAUGUUCCUUACUUGUCCGCUAUUCAGCUCUAUGUUGACCCAUCAAAGCCCUCAACGAGAAUAAGGAGGCCUGGUGAUGAGAGUGAUGCAGAGUCAUCGCGGGAGACAAGUAGCAACGGCAGCAGUGAUUAUGGAACAAAAAGAGGAUUUAACAAUGUUCCUUAUAGUGCUUUAAGUUGGCAGAAUGCUGCAGAUGUAAAUGGCCAUGGUUGGAAUAAAACCUUACCGAGAAAUAAACCCUUAAAUGGUUCCUCAAGUGAUGAAAGUGGUGAGGCUUGCAACCCUAGUGAGCUUAUAUUUGAAUAUAUGGAGCAUGAUCAACCAUUUGGUCGUGAACCUUUGGUUGAUAAGAUUUCAGUUCUUGCAUCUCAAUUUCCAGAGCUGAGGACAUACAGGAGCUGUGAUUUAUCACCUUCUAGUUGGCUUUCUGUAGCCUGGUAUCCGAUAUAUAGGAUACCUACAGGUCCAACAUUGCAGAGCCUAGAUGCAUGCUUCUUGACCUUUCAUUCCCUAUCGAUUCCCACAAAGGGUGCAAGCGCUGAUAGACUUCAGUGUGGUGGUGCACGAUCUAGAGACAAUCAAAAUGCCGAUUUCAAACUAUCAUUGCCAAUCCUUGGGCUUGCUUCGUACAAGUUCAAGGUUUCCUUUUGGAAUCCUAAUGGAGUUUACAAAUGCCCGAAGGCUGAUUCUCUAUUGCAAGCGGCUGACAAUUGGCUCAGGCGAUUGCAAGUUAAUCAUCCUGAUUUCAAUUUCUUUGUGUCGCACAGCAUUCCAAAGAGGUGAGAAGGGAAUUUAUCUAUAAUCAGCUUGCAGUUGUCAUCCCAGUGUAAAAGGGAUAAAACCGACUGAUGACGAAAACUCUAUUCACCGGCCGGUUUUUCAUGUUAUUGGUUGGAUACCAGUUCGCACUCCUGUCUUUAUAUUACACAGACGUGGCCCUUGAUAUCUUAUAUUAUCAUCAAAGCAGAAUUAAGAGUGAUUUUGGCUAAGCCCGAUUCGGAAAGCCAGCUUGUCCCUUCCCAUUUUAAGCAUAAUAUUAGUGUGCAAUUUAUGCAAAUAUGUGUUAUUUAGUGAAAACAACUCACGAGAGUAUUACUUCCACGGCACGGGUACAUAUGCAGCGCAUCUACGUUGAGGUUAUGCAGACCACUGUAUUUACUGCAGCAUUUAUUCUUUUUCUUCUGAAAAUUUGAAACAUGCACAUUUAUGUUAUUGAAAAAUUGAAGGAUUUAGCUAUAAUA